AACCAUGGCAACGUUAGCUGGCUAGCAGCUAACCUUGUUGUUAGCUGCUAGCGAUCUGGAGAAUAACAGCAUGUAAACACACCGUAUUUUAAAAGGCACAACACAGAAAUGAACCUUCAUAAGAUGCAAAUACAUUUUAUUUACGCUUUCCAACAAAUAAUGCCUGACUGUAGCUUGUUGAGGUUUUGACUUUAAUGCCAGAAUGAUCAAGAGCAGCUAGUGUCCAAAAUCAUUUUCUUUCAUACUUUGGAGUCACAUUUGUUUGUUUGCUUUUUCUAUUUCUUAUUGGUGCUCCAACUUUCUCUAACUCUUACCAUAGUAAGCUGGAUUGUCUUUUUUUGUCAUACUGUAUUAUAUUAUUGAGCUCCUGAGUCACUUUACUGUGUUUUGAUGUUUUUGCUGCUGGACCCCAGAAAUACAUUUCACAGAGAAAUUGUUGGAAUAAAGAUGUCCUGUGUCUCUGAUCAGACCUGAAAGAGAUUUAGCAGUUUGAACUACCAAAUUCACACCUUCAUUAACCAAAGCUGACAUGUAUUUAUCUAUUUAUUGGAGCUGCCAAGCAGGAGGAAAGGUGUUGGAGUCUAAUUGGCAUCGUUUUAAAAUUCAACCGAAGGAGUGAUGCAGCUGUUAAUAAUUUGCUGUUUUGUUAUGGUAUUUUAAUGUACUCUAGUCUGUGCCUGGUUGCAUUUUGUUGUGUUUGAUUUUUGUAUUAUAAUGUGUGUACAUAUGAUGUAGAUUGUGUGUGUCAUUGUUGUUAAUUUUGUGUAAUUAGCUUUAUUGGAAGACUAAACCUCUAAGGAUCUUCUACUUUAAACCCCUGAUUAGAGAUUAGAGCUCAUGUGUUUUUGAUGGAAGAGUUAAGGUCCCUUCUCAGAUAUAGAUAUAGAGAUUUGAAGAAAUAACCUGGGUAGAGAAAUAACACAAAAGGAUGGAGAGUAGUUUAAAUUUAUAAGGUGAGCUUUAUAUCAAUAUUAUAACAUUUAGUUUUUCUUCACUAUAUUGCAUUACACAUUGUAAAUAUAAACUUGCAAAUGCUGUUAUAAAGCUGUAGGUGAUGGGAAGCCUGUGGCUUUUUUGCACAAGAAAGUUAAGAUGGAGAAUUAGGACCAAAAUGCAAAAAAUUGGCAUUUUAAGAAUAGAAACAAAAUUUCAAGAGUAAAACUGGAAUAGUAUUUUGAAGGAAAAAAAUCAAACUUGGAAGUGGCUGCAUUUGUGCAAGAAGAAAUAGUGGCAAUGGACAGAUGCAAGGCUAUUGAUGGGGGAGUUGUAUGAGAUCAGGCUGCAAUUGACAUUUCACAGAAGAGGGCGUGAGAAAUUUAAACAAUGACCAUUUUAUGUAAAGAAUUCUCCAUGGUUAACAUUUUGAAGGUUACUCCAGGAGCAUGUCUACAGCAUGUCAUCAUUGAAGGUGCCGUAAAACCAGCUAGAAGGCCUCUCAUUAGUUGGUACAACAAAGACAAUGUUGGCAUGCUGCACAAAUUCAUGGUGAAAGAACCCAGGCUGUUGUGGAACGGACUUUUACGUACAUGGACAGUAGUGAUGCGUCGCGAACGAAACAGCUCUUAGAGCCGGCUCUUUGAAGUUACACGGUAGUUACAGUCGCAGUAGCACAGGAACAGAGCAGGAGGGAGAGAGAGAGAAAGAGAGCCAGGGGCAAGAACAAGAGACAACCUCAUCACAUCAGAAAGGUAUAGUAAUCAUCCACGACUAUUUUCAUUUACGGUUGAUAAAGGAUUCAGAAAGUUUAUUCAUGCAGUGAAUCCUAUAUAUGCAAUUCCAAGCAGGAAAACACUCUCCACAAAAAUCCCAGGCCUAUAUGACAGAGAAUGUGCAUCUUCUUUUUGUUUUGCAUAUUUUAAUUUAUAUUUUAUUGUG